CUCCCGCGGACCCGCCGUCAGCUCGCCCGCCGGUCUCCCGCACGCCAUGCAGCCGCCGCCGGCACCGCGCGUGUAGGCGCCCGCCGCAGGCCAUGCUGCCCCUACUCGCCGCGCUGCUGGCCGCCGCCUGCCCGCUGCCGCCCGCGCGCGGCGGGGCCGCAGACGCGCCGGGCCUCCUCGGGGCGCCCCCCAACGCCUCCGUCAACGCGUCGUCCGCGGGCGAGCCUGCCGCCCCGCGGCUGCUGGCCUCGGCGGCUCCCGGGCCCCCCGAGCGCCCGGGCCCGGAGGAGGCGGCGGCGGCGCCGUGCAACAUCAGCGUGCAGCGGCAGAUGCUGAGCUCGCUGCUCGUGCGCUGGGGCCGCCCGCGCGGGCUCCAGUGCGACCUGCUGCUCUUCUCCACCAACGCGCACGGCCGCGCCUUCUUCGCCGCCGCCUUCCACCGCGUCGGGCCGCCGCUGCUCAUCGAGCACCUGGGGCUGGCGGCCGGGGGCGCGCAGCAGGACCUGCGCCUCUGCGUGGGCUGCGGCUGGAUGCGCGGCCGCCGGCCGGGCCGCCUGCGCCCCGCCGCCCCCGCCGGGGCGCCCACCGCGCUGCCCGCCUACCCGGCCGCCGAGCCCCCCGGGCCGCUGUGGCUGCAGGGCGAGCCUCUGCAUUUCUGCUGCCUGGACUUCAGCCUGGAGGAGCUGCAGGGAGAGCCGGGCUGGAGACUGAACCGCAAGCCCAUCGAGUCCACGCUGGUGGCCUGCUUCAUGACCCUGGUCAUCGUCGUGUGGAGCGUGGCCGCCCUCAUCUGGCCGGUGCCCAUCAUCGCCGGCUUCCUGCCCAACGGCAUGGAGCAGCGCCGGACCACCACCAGCGCCGCCGCCGCCGCCCCGGCCGCAGUGCCCGCGGGGACCACCGCCGCCGCCGCCGCCGCCGCCGCCGCUGCCGCCGCCGCCGCCGCCGUCACCUCGGGGGCCGCGACCAAGUGACCCGCUCCGCUCCUCCCUGCGUCCGCCCGGUGUCCGCGCUCUCGGGGGCCUUUCCCGCCGAAGGACUCGGCCCGUGUGCUUCGUGCUGUAGUGACCGUUAGUUCUUCCGGGGAGGGGGUCGCCAGAGAGGCUCCGGGGCGUUCGAAAAGCGAGGUUUGUGCGGUGCUCCGGCUCCGAAAAGAUGCCCGGCCUUGCGCCCGCGAGGGGUGGGGUCCGCAGCUGCGGAGACGCGAGGGGGGAGCCGCGGCCCUUUCCCCUCUAUUGCAUCUCCCUGCCCUCCUCCCUCCCGCACCCACGUGCCCUAUAUUCAUGGCAGAAAAUGACCAAAAUCCUGUGUAUUUGUUUUAUAUAUUUAAUAACUGUUUUAAAUGAAAGUUUUGGGGUGGGGGAGGAAUUGCUAUUGCUGUAGUAAGAGAAGUUCUUUGUAUCCGAACAUAGUAUUUGAAGUUUGUUGGUUUUUAAAUUUAUUUAAGGGGGAGGGGGGAUGGGAAUGAUUUAACACGGAUAUAUUGUUACCGCUGAAAGUGAACUUUAUGAACCUUUUCCAAGUUGAUCUAUCCAGUGAUGUGGCCUGGUGGACAUUUCUUCUUGUACUUCUGUGGUUUUUUUUGGCUUUUAAUACAGACAUUUUCCUCCAGA